GUACGUAUCAUUCCAGGCGUCAUUCCCAUUUUUCUGCCACCUUAGCCUGCCGGCGCCACCUCCUUCCUCGACCAAGACAUAGCAUCAUGACUGUCCUGACUGGCCCUGUGCGUGUGUUAACUGAACGCGUCAUGUCCCGUGGCUUCGAACCGACGGUGUCGCGCAUGAUGGAGCGCGUGAAGAACACGGUGCGUCGCCAACCCGGCCUCUUGUCCGUACAAACCCUCGCGGACGUUGAGGACCACCACAAGUACAUUGUCUUGUCCGAGUGGAAGACCCGCCAGGACUACGAAAACUGGGAAAAGAGCGACGACUUCAAAACGUGCACGGCCAAAGUCAACGAGUGCUUGGACAUGCCAGGGAAAAAGACAAGAAUCUUUCAAACCCCCAAGGACGACAUCUUCCUCCUCUAAUAUCAAACGCCGUGAGUCAUCCCA